UAACAACUGAUUUCUUACAGAGAAAUUCAUUCUCGAUCCAUAAUUUCACUGCUCAAUAUACAUAGAGUAUAAUCUGAUUAUAUAAUAAUCCACUACUUGUUCACAGACUAUAUAAAAAGUUCCAAUACUUGUAGCAUUUGUUACAUAACUUAUAGUUGAAUCAAAUUCUUAUAUUCAUAUUAAAACAAAUUCAUAAUUAUAACAAAAUGCCGAUUGAUCUAUACUAUGCUACUUUGAGUCCCCCGUGUAGGGCGGUGUUGAUGACACUCAGACAACUUAAUCUGGACGUCAAUGUGAUUACCACUGAUGUUCAUAAAAAGGAAAGUUGGCCACCACAAUUUCUUAAGUUGAGUUACCCUCAACAUACCGUUCCCACUCUGGUGGACGAUGGCUUUCCUUUGGGUGAGAGUCGAGCCAUUAUGCAGUACUUGGUGUCCAAAUACGCGCCAAACAGUGAUCUCUACCCAACCCAUGACCUGAAGAAGAGGGCACAUGUGGACCGACUCCUGUACUACGAUAUGAGCAUUUGGUACGCGAUUGUGAACGCUACUGUAAUGAAAAUAUUCCGUGGAGUGGAACCAACUGAGAGCGCCCUCAAGAACUUCAAAAAGAACUUCAAUGUCUUGAAUGACUUCAUUGGGAACAACAAAUAUGUUGCGGGAAAUGAGUUGACAAUCGCCGACCUCUCAUAUUUAGCUACCAUUUCAACCCUUGCUAUCAAUGAUUACAAAGAUUUGGAUGAAUUCCCAAAUGUGAAGAACUGGUUCUUCAGAGUGCAGAAGGAAUUGCCGUAUUUUGAUGACGUGAACGGAAAAGUACCCGAACUCUGGAAACAACACUCCUCUGCUAACAAGUAAUUCAUCGAUGGAUACAACAAAUAAGACUACAAUUUAUUAUAACGUUUUUAUUUUAUUAAUUAGUUGUUGUAAUAUUCUGUUAAUAAUAAAUAAUACUUACAUUAGUAUUAAAAUCAAAAUGUUCCUGUUCAAUGCCUAUUAUUUUAUAAUUUUGUAGAAUUACUUU